GAGAAUUUUGCCAUGACAGUGAAAACUACAGCACAGAUGUUACAAACCUUUGGGACAGAUUUGGCUGAGACAGAACUUCCCAAUGAUGUACCAUGUACUGAAGAGCUGCUGUCCGCACACACCGAACAGCACUACAAGUUGAAGGAUGAGCUGAAACUGGCUGUGAAGCAGGGAGCCACACUGUUGACUUGUAUCAGAGAGCCUGUCACACGAAGUGCCACCAGCAAACUUAGUCCAGAUGAGUUGGAAAAUGUUGCAACUGUGGAAAGGUUGCUAGCUCAGUUGGAUGAGACAGAGAGAGCCUUUGAUCAGUUCUGGUCCAAGCACCACCUAAAAUUAGAACAGUGUUUGCAGCUUCGACACUUUGAACAGGAUUUCAGAGAGGUCAAACUGAUACUGGACAACCUGAUGGAAGUGCAGGCAGGUUUCACGGAUAUUGGAGACAGCAUAUCCCGUGUAGAGCACCUUCUGAAGGAGCGAAAGCAGAUAGAAGAAAGAGGACAGGAACCUUUGGAAAAAGCUCAGUCAUUAGCUUUCCAUGGAGACCAGCUCAUCCAAAACAACCAUUAUGCAAUUGACUCCAUUAGACCAAAGUGCGUUGAACUCAGGCGUAUCUGUGACGACUUUGCCAAUGAGACCAAGAAAAAAUAUGAUAUUUUAGGAAAGUCUCUAGAACUGCACAAACAAUUAGAUAAGGCUAGCCAGUGGUGUGAAGCUGGAAUCUACCUCUUAGCUUCCCAAGCUGUGGACAAAUGCCAGACACAAGAGGGAGCUGAAACUGCACUUUGUGACAUAGAGAGAUUCCUGGACACUGCCAAGGACCACCAGCUGUUGAAUGGCAAGGAGUUCUACAAUCAGUUUGAUAUGAUUCUCACCCCAGAGAUAAAGAGCAAUGCCCAAAGAGUCCUGCAAAAACUAGAAGAUGUACAAGAAAUGUUUGACAAGAGGCAAGUGAGUCUGAAGAAGUUGGCAGCAAAGCAGACUCGGCCGGUGCAACCUGUUGCUCCGCAUCCUGAGUCAUCACCAAAGCGAGCAUCGCCUAAAGGCAUCCGACCUGCCCCCUUAGCUUUGAACAGGAGGUCAGUAGAAAUUUCUAGUCCUCCAAAAUCCAUUUCUGAUGUAGACUUAUCAAAAAAGAAAAGUGUAAAGAAGACUAAAGGUGGAAUUAAGAUUGAAGUCAUGCAUGAAGCAAGUCAGGGAGGUUCCAGCAGAAUCUUAGUGAUGAGCGAAAGUGAAGAAAAUCUUUCCACCAGGAGAAGCCAUAUAAUAAAUGAACUGAUAGAAACAGAACGGGUUUACGUAGAGGAGCUUCAAAGCAUAAUAGAGGGCUAUGCAUCGGAAAUGGACAAUCCUGAUUUAAUUCACUUGAUCCCAACUUCAGUUUUGAACAAGAGGGAAGUUCUUUUUGGAAAUCUUUUGGAAAUCUACGAAUUUCACAACAGAAUCUUUCUCAAAGAGCUAGAAAACUGCAUUGAAAACCCAGAGCUUCUUAGUCGGUGCUUUUUAAAAAGAAAGGAAGAUCUCCAAAUAUAUGAAAAAUAUUGCCAAAACAAACCAAGGUCAGAAGCCCUUUGGAGGACGUUUUCUCAAUGUCCUUUUUUCCAGGAAUGUCAGAGGAAACUGGACCAUAAACUUUCCCUUGAUGCUUAUCUCUUGAAACCAGUCCAGAGGAUAACCAAGUACCAGCUGCUUUUAAAGGAAAUGUUAAAAUGCAGCAAGAAUUCAGAAGGUACUGCUGAACUAGAAGAAGCUCUGGCCACCGUGCUUGAUAUCAUCAAGUCCGCUAAUGACUCAAUGCACCAGAUAGCAAUUACAGGUUAUGAGGGAGAUGUGCAUGAGCUUGGUAAAUUGCUCCUGCAGGGCUCCUUUAAUGUUUGGACAGACCAUAAGAAGGGACACAACAAAGUAAAAGAUUUGGCCAGGUUCAAGCCAAUGCAGAGGCAUCUCUUCCUUUAUGCAAAAAUCUUACUGUUUUGCAAGAAGCGGGAAGAAAAUACAGAUGGCCAUGAGAAGUCUCCGUCAUACAGCUUUAAAAAUUCUUUGAAGAUGAGCACUGUUGGUAUUACUGAAAACGUCAAAGGUGAUCAUAAGAAAUUUGAGAUCUGGUACAACGGCAGAGAAGAGGUCUAUAUUAUUCAGGCUGCAUCUGUGGAAUUGAAAAACACUUGGGUCUCUGAGAUUAGAAAAGUCCUGACAGGACAACUAGAAGCUUGCCGAGAGGCAAGCCAGCUGCACCAAAGAAUCACUGAAAGUGUGUAUCAUGCACCAAUGAAUUCCUCCAAUUCCUCCAGGUACAGCAGAAAGUCGAUGAGUUUGUGUGAAAACAAAUCUGAACUCUCAAGCCUGGAAAUGUCUAACAACAGGGACCGGAACAUCAGCCCCAGUGCCAGACAAAAAAGAGCCGAUUCUUCCGCCAGCCUUAAUCUUGAGCGCUCAGCUCUUGCUAGAAAGCGGUUUACAUUACAAGGUCUUUCCAACCGCAGAGCUCCACCCAAAGAUCCAGAAUCUAAAGAGAGAGAUGUUACCCGCCGCUUUUCCCUAGCUUCCUCCAUCAGCACCACAACUAACACAUCUGCUUUAACCAAAGGUCCCCUUGUUCCUGCAAUUAAAGUCAAGAGGCAUGAAAUAAAAAGUGAUCCAACACCUCUGGGUUUUGAAGAUGCCUUUGACUGCAACCUCUUGGCUCAAGCUAAAUGCAACGCUGUUGUUCCCUCUACAAGACCAGUACAUAGAUCUGCUUCUCAGACAGGAUGGCCCAGCAGACAGAUGCCGUCACUAGAUACUUUUGAGGACUUUGAAGCCAUCCCAUCCAGUGCCGAGGAACUUUCUAACUCUUCAGAUAUGGAGGAAGAGACUCAGCCUAACAAUGGGUCAAAUAUUUACCGGGUAGAAGGCGAUUAUGACACCUGUUUCUCAGAUUCCCUUACUCUAGAGGAUGGAGAUUUAGUGCAGUUUAUACAGGAAGGUGAAGAUGGACAAUGGUUAGUGAAGAAGCUGGUUUCUGAGAAAACGGACUGGGUUCCUUCCAACCAGCUACACCCAACAGAAGGGGAUGCCAACUACAUCUUCAGGAUCAGCAAUGCAGAUAUGUACACUGGUACCCACAACACCACAUCCACUGACUCCGAAAUGAAGGAGACUGAGUUAACUAGAAGUUUGACAACAGAACAGAAAGCUGGGAGCUGAACAUACCUUGAAUAAUUCCUCAGGA